CAGUCACUGUGAGGGAGAGGAAAAGGAAAAGAAGAACAAGAAAGAGAGGCAUUGCUGGCGGUGGUGCCAGCGGGUGGCUUUCAUGUUCGAAAAGAUGGGGAAAAGGAUCGGAAAAGUUAGCUACAUCUUCUUUGAGCUCAAGAAAAGAUAGGAGUUCGCGAAAUUGAGAUCGUCCUUUACUGUCUGAAAAUGAGCUUUUGGAAUGGAAAUGAGAAGAGCCCCAUAUUGGUGGGACCAUGGGGAGGGGAAGGAGGAAGCCCGUGGGAUGAUGGGGUAUACACGACAAUAAGGCAGGUGGUGGUCGUUCAUGGAGCUGCAAUUGAUUCCAUACAGAUUGAGUAUGACAAGAAAGGGAGCUCAGUUUGGUCAGAAAAGCAUGGUGGCAAUGGUGGUACCAAGACAGACAAGAUAAAGCUUGACCAUCCACUUGAAAGCCUCACUUCAGUAAGCGGUUACUAUGGAUCACUCUCAAGUGGGAGCCCUGCCAUUAUAAGAUCACUGACAUUUGAGAGCAAUCAAGCAAAGUAUGGACCUUUUGGCUAUGAACAGGGAAUGCGCUUCUCAUUCCCAAUGAGUGGUGGCAAGAUUGUUGGUUUUCAUGGACGGUCAGGCUGGUAUCUUGACUCCAUUGGAUUUUAUUUGAAACAACUACGAAGUUCAAAUCCAUCAAAAUCUUUGGUUCCAUCACAAAGUCUAACUCCAAACUGGAAUGGAAAAUAUGGUUAUAACGCUGUGGAUGGAACCAUUAGUAAAGGAUAUGACAUAGUACUAGCAGUAAGAGACAGGGGGGACAACUACACGAUUCUAUCCAACAAUUAUACAAGGGAAGGGUCACUCACUCAGGAAUUCAGAGAUAUCGAGCUGAGAAAUAAGGUUACGUAUGGUGUUAUAAAAGAGCCAGUUCCAAUUGGACCAGGACCCUGGGGUGGAGAUGGAGGUAAACCAUGGGAUGAUGGAGUUUACUCCGGAAUCAAACAAGUCUAUAUCACAAGGGGAGAAGUCAUAAACUCCAUACAGAUAGAGUAUGAUCGGAGCGGCCAGUCUGUCUGGUCUGCAAGACAUGGUGGUAGCGGGGUGACCACACACAGGAUCAAAUUUGACUACCCCCAUGAGGUUCUGAAUUGCGUAAGUGGAUACUACGCCACCAUUAACCGAGAUGAGAGGCCAACAGUCAUUAAAUCACUUUCAUUCUACACAAGUAGGGGGAAGUAUGGACCGUUUGGAGAGGAGGUAGGAACCCAUUUCACUUCUGCUACCACGGAAGGGAAGGUGGUCGGAUUCCAUGGUAGGAGUGCGCUGUAUUUGGAUGCUAUUGGGGUCCAUAUGCAACAUUGGUUGGGUGAGAAGUCGUCUGCUACCAAGUCCUUGCUUUCCAAGUACUUCUUUUAAAAAGAUGAAGCUUAGCCCUUGUAUGUCACCUAUAGUAUUGAACAUGUACUAAACCUAUAAUGCCAAUUACCAGUACCUAAUGUAUGAGAUUAGGUUUUGGAUGCUAAGCUAUAGCAUGCAUAAAACUGGCAGGCAAAGGAGUUUCUGCAUUGAUGUUUGAAGUGUUGGUUUUUAUCCUAUGUGAAGUUGUUGGAUGCUGCAAUAUUUUCUUAUUCUA